AACCAUUUGCAGUUGAGUAAGCACCAAGCAACUGUUAUUAGUACUUUUUUCUAUUUUUUAUUUUGCAUACUGUUGCCAACAAAAUAUUGUAUGUUGCAAUGUUUCUUGGUUUGAACUUGGCUUGAAAUGUUAUAAUUCCUUUUCCUUUCUUGGCUGAAUCAAGAUGAGCCAUGGUAGACACAAUCAUGAGUCUAGUGAAAGAAAUCUGUUUUCAAAUGGCUAUCCAGUAGGUGGAUCCUAUUCCUAUCCACCUCAAGGAGGCUAUUAUCCACCACAAGCUGCAUAUCCACCUCAAGGAGGUUACUAUCCUCCACAACAAUAUCCACCUUCUGGUUAUCCUCAAUCAGGAUAUAAUCAACCAGCUUAUCCUGUAUCACAUGGCUAUCCAUCUGCAUAUCCUUCAGGACAUGGUGGUGGUAUAGGAGGAUUGUUUGCAGGAGCUGCGCCUGGAUAUGGUUCUCACCGUCUGUCACAUGGACAUGGAGGUUAUAAUCAUGGUUAUGGACAUGGAAAGUUUAAGCAUGGAAAGUUUGGCAAGCACGGAAAAUUCGGCAAGCGAUGGAAGUGAUGCAGUGGCGAAUAUAUUAAAUAUGCAACUUUGAGCAUGAUCAUAAUAACUACUGAAUUUUCAGAUGAAUAAUGUAUGCUAAUUGUUAUUAGCAAGAUACUAAGUUUCAAUUGGAUGUUUUUUGUUUAUUUAGCACUA